GGCAGAGCGAGAGGGGCACCUGGCGCGAGGAGGACGCUGCGAGCCGACAAGAGGGUGCGCCGGAGGCUCGCGGCACGCCCGCAUGCCCAACGCGUGUGCAGUCGCCGUGUGUACAGCUGAUCGCAAGUUUGCGCAACCGAUGCAAACCCGCCGGCGGCCGUCAUUGAAUGAUCCCGUGGCUCGCGACGCAAUCUUUCGCGGCGAUCAAUCUCCGGUCGGGACCGACGGUUAACGUAAUCGCGAUGACGCGGUGAUAACGACGAGUGCGAUCGCUCUGAGACCGAGAGGACGUCUUUGUACGUUCACCCUCUUCCGCCCGGCCAACCCCCUCUUCGCUCGGCGUCGGUUCUUUGUACCCCGUUGUUCGCCACUCGCGUGUGUGUACGUGCGAAGUUAGAGCCACUAGAGGAUAGGAAACGAUGCGGCGUGCGACCCGACGUCCCGAUCGUCUUCGAUCCGUGUAAUCGUCGGAUGUCGUUGAACGUCGGAGCAUCGUCAACCGGGGGCUAGAACGUGGCAAGUUUCAUUCUGUGAUCAGGCCGCUUCCGAACCGGACAAAAGGCCGCUCGAUACCCACGACAGGCUCGUAUAAUGGCCAACGACACGACACAGAGACAGUACAGAACAACGUUACCAGUUCCCGGGCAUUCAGAAGUGAAUAUCUGUUCAGCGUUAUCGCUGGGCAAAGAUCUAAGCAAAUUCACCAUGCCGGUCAUCUUCAGUGAACCGCUAUCCUUUCUCCAACGCGUCGCUGAGUACAUGGAGUACGCUAAAUUGCUGAAGCAAGCGGCUCAAGAGGAAACCCCCGUGGAAAGGUUACAAUAUAUUGCUGCUUUCGCUGUCAGCGCUUUGGCUUCAAAUUGGAAGAGACUUGGCAAACCCUUCAAUCCUAUACUAGGAGAGACGUACGAGUUAGAACGUGAGGGCUUCCGAAUAGUCUGCGAGCAAGUGUCGCAUCACCCGCCAGUGUCCGCCUUCCACGCAGAGAGCGAGGACUUCCUCUUCCACGGCAGCAUACACCCGUCGUUAAAAUUGUGGGGCAAAACAAUAGAGAUCCAUCCGAAAGGUGUUGUCACCGUUGAACUUCCCAAAUGGAAAGAAGCGUACACUUGGCAGAACAUCAACUGCAUACUUCAUAACGUGCUGGUGGGCCAAUUAUGGAUGGAGCAGCUAGGCUCCCUCGAGAUCAAACAGAGCGGCGGGGCAAACCUGAAGGCGACUCUCUCUUUCAAGAGUAGCGGUCGCAACGGGAAGGACCUUCACCGUGUCGAAGGCUUCAUAACGGAUCAAGAUAAGAAGAAGCUUCUGUUCCUUUACGGAAAAUGGACGGAGAUGAUGAAAAUGUGCGAUCCAUCGUCAUACGAGGAAGCUUUGGAGAGGGUGAAGCGGGAAGCGAAAAGUCCUCAGGGUAGUCCAGGACAUAAGAAAGUUUUGGCGAAGUUACACAGUCUGAAGGUUGGAGCUUUCAAGCCUUCUCAUCAGGAUGCAAUUGACGAUCCAUCUGCGAGUAUAGAUGGAGAAGACACUCCAACGAUCGAUGAUAUUCCUGGAUCCACUACCCUGUGGGAAGCUACGCCAAGGCAGCCGAAUAGUUCAGAGUAUUUCCAAUUCACAACGUUCGCGAUGUCGUUAAACGAAUUGGUGCCGGAAAUGGAAAAAGUGUUGUGCCCAACGGACUCCAGAUUGAGGCCGGAUAUCAGAAAAUUAGAGAACGGAGAUAAAGACGGUGCUGCGGAUGAAAAAACCAGACUCGAGAUAAAGCAGCGGGAGAUGCGUAAAGCUCGGAAACUCGAUAAGGGUGCGAAAUACUCACCCAGGUGGUUCCACUUAGGCAUCAAUCCUUAUACGGGUCAAGAGGACUGGCUUUACCGGGGAGGAUACUGGGAGCGCAAUUACACUAACAUCGAGGACAUAUUUUAAUAAAAACAAGAAGACAUUAUUCUGAUCACGAUAAAUGCUACAUAUUGGAUGAAGUGUAACGCAUGUCCCGGUGAGCAGUGUCGAUACACAAUUAUCGGUACACAGUGUAGGGUUUUAAGCUGGUAACCCUUUAACGUUGAAUUUUCUUUAUAUUCUAUGUCAUUUGUCGAACUUUUUUACAUUGACAUUUUGGAAAUGAAAAAACAAAGUCUUAUUAUUUGUGUAAUUUCAUUACUGUACAGAUUUACCGAGCGAACUUGAGGUUUCCAAGAAACACGACGAUUUCUAAAAAAUAUAAAAGGAUGUAUAAGAUAUUUUUAAUCCUCGGGAGGCGGAGAAUUUUUUGAUGAUUCAUUAACUAUUAAUUUUUCUUCCUAUCAAUUUUAUUUAGAUGUACAGUGACUGACAAUUUUUUCAUAUACAUUUCAGAUAACAGUUAUGAACAGCAAUUAUGCUACAUACAUUUGUUCAUCUCGAUUAUCUGUUCAUUUACAAUUUUUUAUAACAUACUUUUCUUCAUUUUAAUAUAAAGUUUAAUAAAUAGUUGAAAUAAACGAAUCAUUCAUUUAUCAAAUCAAUUAGCUUCACGAAGCAAGAAGUAAAAGCUCUUGAUGAAAUGAUAUAUACGAAAACUUUCAAAAAGUGGGGUUAGUUGUCUUAAUUGUGACUAUUGUGAGCGACGCAAAUAUGACAUCUUCUCGUGAAGAUAUUCGUGAGUAAUUGUAUUUUCUAUGUAUUUUUUAUUGGAUUUACACAACAUAAACAACUGACAACUUGAGUUAGGUAUAAAAAAUGUAAUGUUGGACAAUGUCUUCGACAAGGUGGGUGAGAAUGAAGCCGCCGCCGUCCGAGGGUUAACUAUCAGUCAAUUAUACUGCAUUAGGAAUCGUAAUUAUUCCACUAAAUAUUAGGUACCAGAAAAGAUUUGUGCGGGUUCUUAAAUUAAAUUUGAACAAAAAAAACAUUUUUGUAAAAUUAUUUUAUUUUAUUUGAUACUAAUUGCAUAAACAUAACUUGCUGCUAAUACUAAUUUCAUUCAUUGAACUAGUAAAAUAUUAAUUGAACUCACACCACAAUUGAUUACUAAUAAGAAAAUCGCAUAAUGUUUUUCCGGUACCUAAUAUUUUCAGAAAUAUUUUCUGUAGACAUAAAAGUGUCUAUCUUGGAUACAGAUAGUAAGGGAUAGUGCUAUCACCUCUUCUUCUAUUUCCUAGGUACGUGUCGGGUCAGACACCUCAAGUGACGCUCGGUGAAGUCACAGUUGUGUUAUUCGAAAGAUGAAGUCCGAUACAGUAGAACCUCUAUUAACACUAAAACAACUGAGCGUUCAAAAAGAGUAAUAUAUAAUCCUUACAAAAGUCGUGACAAUAGAUUUUUCCGAUUUUCUGUUACUAUUAUUAUCAUUAUUAUUAUUAUUAAUAUUUAGCUUCUUAAAAACAAAGGUAGUCCAUAUAAUAUUUAAAUAUCAAAUUUCUCUUCAAGUCUCCAUUUAUCUUGACUCUUAGUUAUCAAAUUAAAUCGGAUAAUCGAGUUUCUACUGUGUUUGAGAAUUGUUUAUAAACGAAGCGUGAUUUGUUUUCCUAUUACAACGUAUACGUACCAUUGUGUUCGACGAAAAUGAAUAGGUACCAGCCGUGAAAUCGAUCACCGGCACGAGGAAUUCGCGGAAACGUGCGAUACUUGAAGGCAAAGUAUGUAGGUGCUUCCUUCGCGAGGAGCGUAACUUUUGUAUAAUGCCCAGUUGCAUGUAAACGCAUUUCUUUUCAGCACCGCCUCAUGUUCCAUUUCAAAACCGACUCGAUGGAAGGAAUCUAAAUAGAAAUGUUGAACCUGCUUGAGGCACAAUUAAAUGGUUCGUGAAGCGGCGCCCUUGAGCGAGGGAAUCGUCAAACGUGUCCUUCGCCGUUUAUUAUAGAGAUUCUGUACUACGUGUACCUAGAAUUAAAAUAACAUAUUAGGUAUAAAGUCAAUUGGUCAUUCGAGGUUACCGCGGUGCCAUCUCGGCCCUAGCCUUCAGACAAUGAUGGGAGCACGUAGAUAUACACUGUUUGCAAGAGGAUCGUUAACUCGAUAAUUGACCGAACAAUGUUUGGCGGUCAAUUAAAUUGAUCUGAUACCAGUGGAAUUGCGUAGAUUGGACUCACAGAUCUUCAAAUUCGAAUGCACAUUGUAUAUUAGCCUUAAAAAGGUUGAGGGUGAAGGUUGAAUGGUUGUCCUUGUUCAUAGGAAAGUCACAAGUAUGCAUGAAGUACUUAAUUUCCUAUUUAAAAAUAAUUUUGAUUCAGUAACAAUAAUAAGAAUUUUUUACUCGUCCUAUUUUUAUCAUUUUUUCAUUUGUUUUAUCAAUAUUGUUUUUUUUAUAUUCCUCUUUAGAAAAUGAAUUGCUGGAACUUUUGAAUGUUUUAAUCAACGUGUAUUUUGUGAAAAGAAAAGUAAUGAAAGUAUAAAAAUUUAGUAAAAGAAUUUAGCAGAUUUUAUUUCGUUUAUAUUAUUUUGUUUUUUGUUUGUGAGUUAUCAAUUUCGAAAGAUAAGCAUAAGAAAAUAUGAAUAACACGGUCAGUCUGAACUACUUGGUCUUCAACUUACACUUUUUAGGGUUAAUUUAAGUCGAAUACUGUAUCUAGUCGAAUAUUUUCUCACGUCUUCUGCAUUUUUUCCACCGAGUAUCAUCGUAUCUCUCUCACAUUCAGCGAGAUAUCAAAGACACUUGAUUCUCCGCGAUACACAAUUUCGAAAUACUCAUCCUCUGCUAGAGAUAACACGAGACUUUCCCAUCAGUCGUGAAGGUUGAAUGAGUUUACGCCUCAUAGGUACUUUCGUAUGCAGGUCGUACGUGCGUAGUUCUACUUAGAUAAAUAAUCAUGCUCGCGAGCUUGUUCACCAAGCACGCUCGAGUACUUUAGCAAAUAUUAGACAACAACAAAGCGGAACGCGUGGACACGACAAUGUCUGUUUAUCGAAUUACAGCAGAAAGCUGAAGAGUUGGCGUCUGAGAAGAACGCAGGUCCUAACUAAUGAGAUUUAAUUUGCAUAUACUCAUCUCUGCGAAGAAACAUGUAUUCUCAAUUUUGUAUUUAAACAACAAACGUUGCUGCUAGACUGUGGAUGUUCAUGAUUUGUUGCUUGGUUUAACCUUUUUUUAAUAAGAAAGAAAAAUUGUUUAAAAAAUUUGUAAAAUAGAAGACAGUAACUGGAUAGAUGAACUAAAAUAAUCUCGUACUUAAAAUUAUGCUUAACAAUUCUUAUUAUGGAUAGUUGAAUCUCAAUAAAUAAAUGACUAAAGCUCAACAAAUAACUUCUCCAAUAUAUUGUUCUAAUUACAAUUGUAAAAACAUAACGAAUGAAGCAAUCACAUUUUCAAUAAUUAUACAUUCUAAAGACAAUUUUCUUAUAUUAAAAAUGCAUAUAAACACAAAAAAUUAGAAAAUAUACAUUUUCUAGAAAGUCCAAUUAUUCUAAACAAUCGAGUUUUCGUUCUUUCAAUUUCUUCAAUGAAAGCGGUACAUGAAGUUCCACAGUCUAGUAGAAAUUCUGUAUCAGAACAUACUCCAAGCAAUAAAAGAUUGGCCUAUUUAGCGCCAGCAGGUGUUCUGCUCGUCCCUGUGUCCUUCCGUGAGCCAACUGAUCGGUAACGAACUGCAAUUGCUUGAACUGCAAAAACAAAGCCUAGACCCACGAAUAAUCGCGCAACCAUAUAGACAAAUCUAAACCGAAUGCCUAGACAUCGAUAUAUCUACGUGUGAGGUCCCGUGAGGAGCACGCCUGCAGCGAAUCGAGCUUUUCUCGUGUGAACGUCGAAGAAAAUAGAGCGGAUCGAACUCGCGUCACGCGUUUGAAUUGCACAAAGUCCAUCCGUUAGCUCGCUCUCACGUAGCGCUGGGCGUUCCAAAAACGAUUAUACACUUUUUAUAACAAAUGAGACACACGGACACAGGCACACAGGUAAACACAUACACACGAAACGCGAAACACGUGCACAUGGAGCUCCGAGGUAGCGAGGUCACGUCCAGGCCGUUGUUCGCGAGCAGUUCGCGAGUGGCUCGCUGAAACUGUUUGCUGGCAGUAUGAGCAGGUCUUGUAACCGUGAGUCCUAGACUUCGAGCUUUGGAGGUUGUAGUUGCAAUUUAACCUUUCAACGAUAAAAGUUAAAGUCUUUUAACCCUUGAGUCUUUAUCAUUGAAGACUUGAGGCGUUUAACACCGUACAGUGUUAACAUAGCAACGGAAGGCUCGACUUUUCGAGUAUGAAGAUUUAAGUGCUAAAGGAUCUUCAGGGUUAGAUUAAGCUUUCAAAGAUUCAAGGCUGAGUCCUGAAGCUUCAAAGUCUUAGUCUUUAAAGUUGACGCUUCGAAGACUUGAGCUGUAUAAAACUUUAAGCCUUCAAAACUCAGUCUUUAAGAUUGAGCUUUGAAGUUCCGAAGAUUUAAGCU